GCCGGUUAUUCUGGACGGUGAGCACCGCGCAGCCGCACUGAUCUCCUGAGUGGGAAGAUGGCGGCCAGGGCACCAGUCAAAGCAACAAGCAGUUUGCUUCAGAGCCUACGGAAGUGGUACUACAAUGCUGCAGGGUUCAACAAAUAUGGUCUUAUGCGAGAUGACACACUCAUUGAAGAUGAUGACGUGAAAGAGGCUGUGCGAAGGUUGCCUGAAAACCUUUACAAUGAGAGAAUAUUCCGCAUAAAACGAGCUUUGGAUCUGAGCAUGAAGCAUCAAAUCCUUCCAAAAGAAAUGUGGACAAAGUACGAGCAGGAUGUACGCUACCUAGAGCCAUACCUUAAAGAAGUUGUCUCCGAACAAAAGGAAAAAGAAGAAUGGAAGAAGAAGUGAUUUGCAUGUUAGUUUUUGACUUGGUAUUUGAUUCCCUGUUAAUAUCUAGCCAUGCAAAUUUAAAACUCAUUCUUUUGUUAUUGGCCUUUGGCAGCAGCCAGGCUAACAGUUUCCCUUCUUGAAGAAAUAAAUUGUGCUGUAAAACCAUAUUAGUGCAAUUUGUUUUGUUUAUGUACAGAAUAAUUUAAAACUCAUUUUCUGAUUACUUCUGUUAUGGGCAGUUUUACUCGCAAUUGUGUAGAUUUAAAAAUAAAUCGAAAGUAAAAUGAAGUUUUGCCCUCAUGCACUUGACUAAUACAAAAAAAUAGCUUUUGGAAAGCAACUUGUAUUACGUUGCAUAACUAGUAUCGGUUCAUCUAAGAAAAUAAUUAACUGUUCAAGAACAUUUUUAAACGAAUAAUUACAACUUGUAUUUGUAACCAAGUUACAAUUGUGAAGUCAUGCUAUAAAUUUUGGCCUGGGAGUUGCAAGAUUUUUGAUGACAAACCAUCUGUGUUCACCAUCAUUGCCUCUGAAUCUGACUACAACUUCAGGAUUUUGUGCUGCAGAUUAGCAAAGAAAUUCUGAAGUUGUGGCCUGUCAUUCACUCCCCUACCACAGACUGUGCUGAGGUCCCAAUCUUCCUGCCCCCAAGCCAGCAAUCAACAAAAUCAAUUGAAUUAGUCAGAGCAUUUCCUUUUCCACUUUCAUUAAUGUUAGAAACCCCUUAAAAGAUUGAGCAAUGUUCGUAAAGGCAUAAUUGGGUUUUUAACAGUUAUGAGUACUAAUGACUGCUGAGCAACUGAUCUGAUCCUGAAAAAAAAUUUGUGGAAUGUUUUUAAAUGUCUCCAUGAUGAUUGAUUAAUUUGAUUCAUAAAAAUAAUUAAAAACUAUUUUUAAAA